GUCUUCCUCACCCCGGCCUACUUUCACUGUAAUAAAACUCAUCAGCAUGAUGCCAUGAAUAAUUUCAUCGGCAAACUCCAGAAUGGUGAAGGAGCUAAACACUGACAAGUUGUCAGAAGUUGUUGACUGAAUUAGGGCACCAGAAACGGGAAAAUAAAUGGGGGGUAGGUCAAAGUAGAGUAGUUAGUAUGAUCCAAAACAAAUGACUUUAUGAAAUUUCCUGAUCGAAAACUCCGUCAUGAGAGUUUUUAAUGGAAAAAUGGGCUGGAUACUGCCUUCAGAAAACAUUUGGAACAAUCACUUCCGAGGGGUGAUGUCUGACUGUUGACGAAGACAACGUCAUCUCUAGCUGCUCUUCGGGAAAAGUGUGAUUCCGCACCGUCCCUGAAGGCAACACCUGACACAACACCUGAGUCCGAUCGAUAGCUUCAUGCAAUUCCAAAUCAUUUUCAGUCUGUCUGGUUAAUCGAUGAUUGUGCUGUGUCUGGAAGCCAGAAAGCAGAAAACUACGCUUUGCUCCUUCGGUACAGUUAGCCCCCCCUCCGGGCGAAGUGUGUGCGUGCGGGCGUGCAUGCCUUCAUGAUGCUGCGUCGAGUUCCAGCAAUGAAUGGCUGCCUGCGGCGUGGCGGAGGGACACACCGUCACUAUUAGCGAGGUUCCCGGGCGCCGCCGUUGCUACUCCUCUUCAAACGAGUUCCAGCGGCCAAGGGGAGCCGCUGGCGGUGCCGGGCCCGGCGUGAUGGCUCAGACGCUGCAGAUGGCGAUCCCCAACUUUGGCAACAAUGUCCUGGAGUGCCUGAACGAGCAGCGUCUGCAGGGUCUCUACUGCGACGUCUCCGUGGUGGUCAAGGGACACGCCUUCAAGGCCCACCGCGCGGUGCUGGCGGCCAGCUCGUCGUACUUCCGCGACCUGUUCAACGCCGGCGGCGGCAAGAGCUCGGUGGUGGAGCUGCCGGCGGCCGUGCAGCCGCAGAGCUUCCGUCAAAUCCUGGCCUUCUGCUACACGGGCCGCCUCAGCAUGAACGUGGGCGACCAGUUCCUGCUCAUGUACACCGCCGGCUUUCUGCAGAUCCAGCAGAUCAUGGAGAAGGGCACCGAGUUUUUCCUCAAGGUUUCGUCCCCCAGCUGUGACUCGCAGGGCCUCCACGUCGAGGAGACGGAGCCGCAGAGUCCCCUCACUCCCACGGCGGGAGGGCCCGGCGCUACGCCGCUUGCCGCCAGAGCCGCCGCCUGCAAGGUGAAGACGGAGCAGACAGCCGCCGCUCCUCCAUCGCAACAGCCUGAGGGCUUCCCCUACUCGGUGGUCUGCAUCCCGGUGGCUAAGCGGCUGUGGGAGGGGGGCAACGGAGGGGGCGUUUCCGGAGGCGCCCAAAGAAAGGCGGCGCGCUACUCUUCCUCCUCCUCCUCCUCAUUCAGCUCCAACGCCGCUGCCCAGGAUUGCUCCGGGCGGGGGUCCGCCCCUUCGCUACUGCCUGGGGGCGCCGCCGCCAACAACAGCAGCAGCAAUAACGGCGGAACCCCUGAAGGCACCAGUCCCGGCACCCUCAGUCUAUACACGAGCGACUCGCCCAUCAGCUACCACGACGACGAGGAAGAGGACGAGAUGACGGACGAGAGCGCCGAAGAGCAGUACAGGCAAAUCUGCAACAUUUACACCAUGUACAGCAUGCUCAACGCCAACGCCGCAGUGUCCGGUGAGAAGGUGGAGGCGCUGCCUGACGCCGCCCCAGACGCGGGGCGGCGAGGCGGGCGCCCCCGGCAGGAGCUGGCGUCGCUGCCGUCGGAGCUCAUCGGCCAGAUCGGCAACCGCUGCCAUCCCAAGCUCUACGAGGAGGGCGACCCGGCCGAGAAGCUGGAGCUGGUGAGCGGCACCGCCGUGUUCAUCUCACGGGCGCAGCUCAUGAACUGCCACGUCAGCGCCGGCACGCGGCACAAAGUUCUGCUCAGGCGGCUGCUGGCCGCCUUUUUUGACAGGAGCACGCUGGCCAACAGCUGCGGGACAGGCAUCCGCUCGUCCACCAACGACCCGAGUCGCAAGCCGCUGGACAACCGAGUGCUGCACGCCGUCAAAUUCUACUGCCAGAACUUUGCGCCCAGCUUCCGGGAGAGCGAGAUGAACGCCAUCGCCGCCGACAUGUGCACCAACGCCCGGCGCGUGGUCCGCAAGAGUUGGAUCCCCAAACUCAAACUCCUGAUGGCCGACAGCGACGCCUAUUCCACCUUCCUGGCCGACAACGUCAAGAUGGACGCCGACGGGUUGGGCGGCGAGCAAGGCUUUGACGGCGCCUCCAUGGAGGCGGCGACCGGGGCCGACGACAGCGGGGCGACGUCCGGCGAGGCCCUCCAGGACAGCGGCGGUGCCGGAGGAGACGACGGCGGCGGCGCUUUGUUUUAAGUGAGUGAACGGAGCCACGGAUGUUUGGACAGGCCCACCCUGCGGCCGCUUGCCGCGUUUCUCUCCCUCUUCAGCAUCCCUCGCUUUUUGCCGGCCCGCACAACGCAGCAUGUACCAGAACCCCGGGAUUCUUCUCCCGUCUAGCCUGUGGCUCGCGCGCGUCUCGGCGGCCCUUCCUCCCGCGGGUGCGCUCGUGCCAUACCCAUUUUCCCUUCAAUGCAAUGCUAAUGAGUGUUGCAAUGGGAAGCAAAUCCUCCACGCAAGUUUCAUCAAAGUUGUCUUUUGGGUUCUGAUCCGACUCCCUUUUCCACGUCAUGUUUUCAACAUUUGAGCACCUUAUCCCCAAGCGGGCUUUGCGUUUGAGAGGGCAGCAAAAAAACAAAAGCAAGCGAUUCAAGUUCCUCUACCAAUCCACGCCAGUCUUUUUCAUCUGGUCUAAUAGCUAAGCGCAAUCUUAAAACUAAAGUGUUUACAAUUCUUUUCUAUGAUUUGUUGUGACUUUUUUUUUUUUUAAUCCAAAGAGGCUUCAUGGAAUAAGUGCCUCCUCUCUCCCUGUACACCUGUGUGUGUGUGUGUGGGGGGGGGGGGGGGGCACAUUUCUUCCAGUACGCUGAUUUAAACGCCCCACCAUAAAUAUACAGACAAGGAAGACGAGGACAGAGUGAGGCCCCGCUCCGCUCCGCCCCGCCCUGCCAUGCCCCCUCCCCUCCCCUCCAAGACAUUAUGACUGUCUCACAUGUGUGCGCAUAUUCAUGCAUCUCCUCACACAUUCCUUUUAUGGCGUGUGUCAGACAGAGUGCCAUCGCGUGCACGUUGAAUGCUCAUACUGCGUGGGCGGUCUGUUGUUUUUGUCUGCCGCACGCACCCGCGUGCGCCUUUUCUGCGCCAAAAUCACGUUCAUAUCCAUUUGAAUGUACAAAUAAGGCCUUGUCUUCAUCGAUGGCUUUUAAAUGGAGCUCCAAUGCUAAAAACGUGCAUGUCACCAGCCUCAUCCCAAAUCCUUCAACUUUCUGCCUGUUAGUUUUUGGGGAUGGAUUUAAUGCACAUUUCUUUCCUUUUUUUUUUCUUUUGUUUUGGGCAGGAAAAAAAAUGAGGAUGGGAGGGUGUCUGUCUGUCUGUCUGUCUGUCUGUCCUCUCUCCACCCACAAUCGGAAGCGCAAUAUCGACCAGACCGUUGAACCGAGCGAAUUCUAAUCGUGCCAGACGUGAAGGAAAGAAGAAAGGGAGGAGGAGGGGUGUGUGUUAAUCUCCUAGGACAGGCGAAGAGCCACUGCGGCAGUCGCAAUCCAGACGCAAGCAGGAAGCUUCUCGAAUUUAAACACCUGCACUGCAUGUUUGUUUACGUAAACCUCUGCAGCCCCCCCCCCCAAAUGGACGCUCCGAGGGCGCCCCCCAAAAAAAAAUGUUGCACUAAAAGUUUGAACGCAAGGGACCUUUUUGAAACGCUACAAUCUGAUGCUGACCACCAUGACAAAGGUCCACAAGAGUAACACAAUAGAAAGGAGCAAAGAAAUGGUGGCCGCUGUGAUGGUUUUUAAACGUGAUCUAACGGAGGCUAAAAUUGAAACGUCGGAAAGCGUUGGCAUGAAUCCUGCGAUGAUUGCCGCGCGCACAGCUUCCCAAAAAAAAAAGAAAAGCAUUUGUUGUAGCUUUCGCAGAAAUGUCCCUUUGAGAUCCGUCUUCAUUUCAAAUAUUUGGCCAAAAAGUUGGACAUCAAACUUGACGUUUUGAAGAGCUUUCUUUCGAUACAUUUCACUAAAACGUUUUUGUAGUAUUUGUUUACACGGGAACCUGUAGCCGUGGAGAGGCGAGAUCCUACUCCCGAUUAACAUGCGUACGACCGACCGCUUUUAGUUGUAUCAUAGUUUAGAGAAAGAAGCACGUAUUUUUGCAUCCUUAAGGGGGCGGGGUUAUUGUACAAUGAUUUUAGCUUUUUUUUUUUUUUUUUUCUCAUUUCGCUUUUAUUGCAAUUGUGGUGCUGAGACGGGCGGACAAACCACAAUUCUCGCAUCUUUGCACCUUCCCCCCCAAUUGGUAUGAAACUUGUCAAAAAUGACAAACGACUGCCAUGUCCGAUGACUUUUUCUUGCAAAUGACAUUUAUUUUCUCCCCUUACAAAGUCCAACGUGUUGAAUAUCGAAGAGUCUUUAGUUACAAGGUGGCGAUUGUAAUGCUGGGAUGUCAAAAUGUUUUUUUUUUAUCUUUGUAAUGAGAAAGUUUUUUCUUGCAAGAUGACACCGUUUGUCUUGCAAAAAGUACAAUUUUAUUGUAUGAUUAGUGAUGGCUUUUUUCCCUCAUUACGCUUUUUUCUUCCCCCUUUAAAAUUGCCAAAUUUUUCCUUUUUUCAACUUGAUUCAAAUUUACAAAAUUUAGAACUAGUUAUUCAAGCCAAAAUUGUUUUGGGGUUGUUUUUUUUUCUUCUCAUGACUCCAGUCGUACAAUAUUUGGACUGACUGAAAUGUUUUGGGUCUGGUUUCCUGCAGCAUAAAAAGAAAGAGAAAUCCGCACCUUACUUUUGCCACAUUUCUGACUUGCUUCUCGUUCAAAUGUGGAUUUCUCCCAUUGCGACUAUUCUUCGUCAUCAUGUAGCAGCAGCAUUGUGAAACUGCUACGAGAAUAUGGUGGACUCGACUCACAACUUUGGUCAUCUUAGGACUUUUUGCCUAUAUUCUUUCCAAGGUUAGUUUGGUCAAUUGGACUCUGGUGUAGCGGCGCUGGACAAGUCGGGGUUUGGAGUGCUGAGGUCUAAAGACUAUUGUGGCAAAAGAAUGAGCUGACACGAUUUUCAAGCAUUUUGUAUCACUGAGAGGUCAGAAGCUUGCAAAUUUUGAUUUGAAUAUAUUAUGAAGGAGAAUCGUCGUAAUUGUUGGCAAAGCUGCAAGGCCACUGAACGUUUUUCCCAAUCAAGGCCAACAAAGAAAAAUGCAAUCAAUGAAUCCAAAGUGAGUUGACUUGAAAUCAGCGCUGCUGCUUGAAUGUUUUUCCUCGCCGCGACCGGAGGGCGAUGUCCCCUGUAGCUUUGAUUGUAAUUAGUUUUUUUUUUUUUUGGAGUCUAU